GCUCCAUGUCGUGGCGUCGGAGAAUCUGCGACCUGAACCACAUCAAGACCAACACGCACGACCCCAGAAGAAGACGCUUACUCAAGAAGCCCCAGGAAGUCGUCUUAAAGAACAUAGCCGCUACGUCGAGCAUUGUGACCGUGAGACAUCCUUUGACUCGAUUAGUGUCCUGCUACAGAGAUAAGUUUGAAAAUGGUGCUCAUCCUUCACUCCACGAGAGACAUUGGAGGGACUUCUACAUGCCUACCUUAUUCUGCAAUGGACGCAUCCCUCCAGAUCUACACCUUAAGAUAGGCCUACAACGCACCCUCUCGAACCUGCAAAAAAAGAAGACAUACGUGGAUACCGGUCUAGAGGAGGGAAGGCGGUUGUGCAACUGUGGACGGACAGAGGAUUGUGGUUCGCUUGUGGAAUCAAGGUUCAGAGUGAGGGUUAAGGUGUGA